AUGUAUUCUUCGUCCGACUUCCUGGAGGAGAAUUGCUGAGUAGUGCCUCUCAUAUCCUAUAGAAUCAUAAAUGGCACUCCGGCGCGAUUGGGAAGAUAUCCGUGGAUGGCCUUUCUGCACAUGCGCCGGAUCGCUUGUUUUCCAAUUAUGAUGUAUAUUUCGAUUGCAGUUCGUAUCCAAGCCAUCUGCGUUUUCCAUCAUAGACGUAUGCAGUUGGUGUUGGAUGAGUUCACCUGGUUCAAGGCCACUGGCUGGGGGCUCAGGUCUGGCGAUGCGAAUACCAAUUCAUCCCGCGUUCUCUUUGAAGAAAAACAGAACUUUCUUAGCGGACAGAUCUGUGCCGGAAAUGAUGAUGCUAACCUUUGUAGUGGGGAUUCCGGUUGUCCGCAAGGUUGGUACGUAUGGAUUUCCGGCGAGCAUCGCUUCGUCCAGAUGGUCAUCGCUAGCUACACGUAUGAAAAUUGCAGCGGAGUUAGCAUUCUCACGGACGUGGUUCGAUAUGGCAAAUGAAACAAAAAGGUAAAAUACUUCACCGAUGGGAUACGAUAUGACAGAUGCGUACAGAUCAAGAUGUAG